AGAGAGAGAGAGGGGUUAGCGUAGAGAAAGAAAGAGAGAGAUAGAGAGAUGGAUCCAGACGCGUUGGCAAAGGCAUUCGUGGAGCACUACUACACCACCUUCGACACCAAUCGCGGUGGACUUGCUACUCUUUACCAGGAAGGUUCUAUGCUCACCUUCGAAGGUCAGAAGAUUCAAGGUUCUUCCAACAUCGUCGCUAAACUCACUUCUCUCCCUUUUCAGCAGUGUCAUCACUCCAUCACCACCGUUGAUUGUCAACCUUCCGGUGUUAACGCCGGCAUGCUCGUCUUCGUUAGUGGUAAUCUCCAACUCGCUGGUGAACAACAUGCUCUCAAAUUCAGCCAGAUGUUCCAUUUAAUACCAACACAGCAAGGAAGCUAUUAUGUGCUGAAUGACAUAUUCCGUUUGAACUAUGCUUGAAGACGGACCUUCAAAUAUAUGACCUGAAAGGCCAUAGAAGAUGUUUGCUUAUAACUGUUUCAGAUUGCACAUUUGAAAAUGGGUUCAUUUUGGUUGGUUGUGUGGAUUCUUUAAUUGUGCCUGUUGUGUUUAGAAUUUUCUGUUGUGAUUUGUCAAAAAAAGGCUUCAAGGAUAAAUUGUCGAAAUAUUUAUUGGGUAUUGGGGAUUUAAAACUCAAAUAUAUUUCUGAUACGAGAUACGGAACUCAAUCAUCUGUAUCCAGUUUACCUCUCAACAAAUUGGUUUAUGCAUGUUAUCAUAAUGUUUGUUUACUGAAUGAAGGUUUGUUAUUUUCACCAGCA